AUGGGUACGGCAAAAGAGGUGGGGUCGCUUGUGAAGAAGCAGUUCACGCCCACAAAGAUUAUCUUCCAUAUACUAUUCUGGACGUUCCACUGGGGCAUCUUCGCCUAUGGAUGGUGGAAGCAAGAGUCAGACCCGCGACUGGCCGGUCUGAACACGCUGAAGUAUUCAGUUUGGAUGUCUCGAGGUGCUGGCCUGGUCUUGAGUGUCGAUGGCAUGCUCAUCUUGCUCCCCGUGUGCAGGACGAUUAUGCGCUUCUUCCGUCCCAAGAUCAGGUUCAUCCCACUGGAUGAGAACAUCUGGAUGCACCGUCAGCUUGCUUAUGCCAUGCUGAUCUUCACCAUCAUUCAUACCUCGGCGCAUUAUGUGAACUUCUACAAUGUCGAGAAGACGCAGAUCCGCCCCGUGACCGCCGUACAGAUCCACUACGCCCAGCCCGGUGGCAUUACGGGCCAUGUAAUGCUGCUGUGCAUGCUUUUGAUGUACACGACAGCACACCACCGCAUCAGGCAACAAUCGUUUGAAACUUUCUGGUACACUCACCAUCUUUUCAUCCCAUUUUUCCUCGGUCUGUACACGCACACGGUCGGCUGCUUCGUCCGUGACCAAGCCGAUUCCAUCUCUCCGUUUGCUGGUGACCCGUACUGGAAGCAUUGCAUUGGAUACCUGGGCUGGAGAUGGGAGCUCUGGACGGGCGGCUUCUACCUCAUCGAGCGCCUGUACCGUGAGAUCCGCGCCAUCCGCGAGACCAAGAUUACACGCGUUGUCAGGCAUCCGUAUGACGCCGUCGAGAUUCAGUUCCAGAAGCCUUCGUUCAAGUACAAGGCUGGACAGUGGCUGUUCCUCCAGGUGCCUUCCAUCUCAAAGUACCAGUGGCAUCCCUUUACCAUUACAUCUUGCCCGUACGACCCUUAUGUCUCGGUCCACAUCAGACAGGUUGGCGACUUCACUAAGGAUCUCGGCAACGCCGUCGGUGCUGGUAUGGCGCAGAGCAAGCUCUACGACGGCGUCGAUCCCAUGGGCAUUUAUGAAGUGGCGCUGCAGAACGGCCAGAAGAUGCCCACGCUCCGCAUUGACGGGCCGUAUGGCGCGCCGGCCGAGGAUGUGUUUGAGAACGAGAUUGCCGUGCUGAUCGGAACGGGUAUUGGUGUCACACCGUGGGCUGCCAUCCUGAAAAACAUCUGGCACUUGCGGAACGGGCCGAACCCGCCCACGCGUCUCCGCCGUGUCGAAUUCAUCUGGGUGUGCAAGGACACGACGUCGUUCGAGUGGUUCCAGACGCUCCUGUCAUCGCUCGAGAAGCAGUCGAGCGAGGCGGCCCAGGUGCCCGGCGCUAACGGCGUCGAGUUCCUCAAGAUCCACACGUACCUGACCCAGAAGCUCGACAUGGACACGACGCAGAACAUUGUGCUCAACAGCGUGGGCAUGGAUGUGGACCCCCUGACGGAGCUCAAGGCUCGCACAAACUUUGGCCGCCCCAACUUUGGCAAGAUCUUUUCCGCCAUGCGCGACGGCAUUCUGAACCGCACUUAUAUCACCGGAAUCGAGGGCAACAUGAGGACCACGGUCGGUGUGUACUUUUGCGGCCCGUCGGUAGCUGCCCGCGACAUCCAUGACGCCGCCAAGAAGUCGACCGUCCCCGAAGUUCACUUCCGCUUCUGGAAAGAACACUUCUAA